GUGAAAAACAAAAUUACACCACAGCCUGAUACAGUUAUUCGUGAAUUGUGUAUUUUUAUAGAAUACGGUGAAAUCUAUGGAAUGGUGUAAAGACAAAUAAUCUAUUUUAUAUCUCACAUCAGGCUUUUAUUCGAAACAAAUUAGGAAGGAAGACGUGAACAUAAUUAACACAAAACAUACUUCAAUACAUAUUUAAUUUUAAUCAAAAGAUUUUUAAGUGUGAACGGAAAUCCCAAUAGAAGUUUCCCAGUCGUGAAUAAAUUUCCGCUUUCAUUCAGUUUCUGAUGUCAUUAAAUAUGUCCAACAUGAUCAAGUCAAAUCAAAUGAAUGACUUUACGCAUAAUCGAAAUUCAAAUCAAACAAAUUACAACGGGAUUCGACAGACAAAUGGAUAUGCCAACAAGUCAAACAAUCCUGUUGGACGUUAUACCAUUGUAUCAAAGUCAACGACAGUGAAAAAUGGAGCUAAUAAAGGCUAUUAUCAACCUGCAAGUCAUUAUUCUCAACUAGACACAACAAAACGUUCACAAUCUCAACAGAGUGUAGGAAGAACUACGUCUACAGGAUCUGUGAAUAACUAUAAUCACACAAACUAUUCCUCGAAGAACUCUACCAAUGAAAUCAAUCAGUUAUUAUCGCCUUCCAGUGAUAAAUUAAACGGUGUUAAUUCCUACUCAAACAAAUAUCCUGAUAUACAACACUCGAAAUCACAUUCAGUUUCAUCUACCCUAUUGUUGCGUGAUGCAAAUUCACUGAAAUCAGCUGGUGGUGGUGGUGGUGUUGGUGUUGGUGCAUAUCGUGAACAAAGUCGUUCAGUUGGUGGAAGUUUAUCCUGUGGUCAGCCUAGUCCAACAUCAACAGUUGAAGAUUCGAAUACAACUGCAUUUUCACCGACUAGUACGCAUACACUUGAUGCUGAAAAUUCUAAUCGUGGCCUAUGGUUAUAUCAAUCCGAGUUGAAUUUACCAACAAACAGUGAAGAUACUAGUUUGGAUUACACUGUGAUUACACCGUAUAAACGUUCAGAAAGUCAACAGAUAUCUAUUCUAUCUGAUUUUGAUACUAGAAAUAGAAGUCAAACAAUAAAUAAUAUUUCAUAUAAUCCAAAUUCGGUUAAAUACAAUUCAGUGAGUUCCGCCAUGCUUUAUACAGGCAAUAACACUAAUCAACGCAGUAACAACAACAACAAUAAUAAUGAGGAUUAUAUGAAUAAUUAUUCCUCAGGUCCAAGUUUUCGAAAGAUCCAAAAUCUUCACGGUGGAGGUGGAACACAGAAGCGUUUUCCUUCCGAUACUACGCUUAAUACUACAACAAGAGAAGGACCCCAGAUAUAUACAUCUGGCAGUCGUCCUGGUCCAGUGACAAUUCCUGCUCGAAGCAGAAGUGCACAGCCAAGUCCUGGGCCAAGUCCAACUAUAAGCCCUGUGACAUGUUUUCGAGCUUCUGAAAAUAAUCUGGUACAAGGUACAAAUGGAGAGAAAAACUCUUAUGUAGCAAAAUCUCAGAAAAUCAACUUAAAUGUUACAAAUGCUCAACGACGCGGCUCAUCACCGUCUAGAGUGGAACACAAUAAUGUUAAUUCAUUUACAUCUGAUGGUCCUGAGGAAGAUGGAGAGUCUCACAUUUUACCUUCAGUCAGGGAAAUCAUUCGUCAAGUUGAAGCUAUGACACAAUCGAAUGCAGCCACAUCGACGACAGAUAUUUUCACCCUUGGCCUUAAUAAUGGAUCGAGUGGAAAUCCCUCAGUUCAAAAACAAAAUGGUCAACCUACUCAGGCUUCACAACCACGUAAACCUACUGCAAACAAUGACAGUCAAUUUACGCGUGGUAGCAUUCUUAGACAAGGAGGCAGUAGUCAAAGGACGCCUAGUGCACCUCAGCUAAGAAAUGCCAGCUAUGGUAGUAAUUCUCAACAAUAUACACCUAUUCAAGCAAAAUUCAAUGCAGCUGUAUCUACUACUCAGCAGAAACCUGUCGCUCCUCCUGUUCCACCGCAUGGAAUCGCACGUAACAAGCCUAUUAUUGGCUCUUUCACACGAAGAAUUGAACCUCAGACGAAUGAUACAAAUGCUACGCAUAAGCAAUCAGAUAUAACAGGUGCACCGAAAAAAUCUGAACUUCUAAGUCAUUUACCUACAGACUAUCAAAAGCUGCGCGAAGCAUUUAUCGAACAACGAAGAGAAAUUCAACGUUUAAGAAAACAACUAGCAGAAAAGGAUUUACAAAUUUCCCAACUAGAAGGUGAUAUACGACUCUAUGAACCAUGGCGUUAAUUUAUACUCUAAGAAAGGCUUUCCAAUUAAAAACAACAACAACAACAUAAUAUAAAUAUUAGUUUAAACCGGACAACAUAUAAAAAUUUCUCAUUUACUUUCGCUUUCUAUGUUUCUCUGUUCUUGAUAUUCUUUUCAUCAUGACCUGUGUAUCUGCAUUGGUUUUUUUUAAAAUUUAAGUCUUGUUUUAUGGAAAAAAUUUAUGAACCAAAAUAUGGAACAUUAUGAGUUAAAUUGACUUUAGGUAUACCUACAGUUAGACGUCUAGUACAGACGGAUAAAACAAUAGUCCCUAUAGGAAGAGCGUGAUCGAUGGGUGCAUUUACAGUUAUGACAUACAUACUAUAUGCUUUUUUUGUGGUUUUGUAAGUUUUUCUGUUACUUCAUGUCCCCUUCUCUCUGUUGUUGUUGGGUAAGUUAGUCGAAGGAUAAAGUUAAAUAAGCCCAACAUCCUUUUUUACAACACACUAGGAAAACAAAACGAAUUACCUAUGUGAUUUAUCUUCUAUUUAACUUCUCCUUGAUAAUUUGUAACGUUUUGACAUGAAUGGUUCAUGCAGUGUCAUUCAUGAUUUUUUUUGUUGUCUCAAAAUAUUGUAUGUUUGAGUGCUUAUAUGCUUACAUCUUCAGGAAAAAAAUGGAUGAAAUUUGAUCCAGUUCUCCUCUGUAUUUUGUUUCUCUUGAUUACUUUAGAAACCUGUUGUAAUCAGACAAAAGGUAAAUAGAUACCUACAAUUGGUC